CUAAAAACCACCCCGUAUCACACACACACUCUCUCUUCUCUCAACUCUUUGUUUUUUGUGCACUAGAACUCUAGAAGGAGUGAUCUUUUACUAUUCUUGUUCAAGAAUCAGAUUGCUUUGCAGUUCCACUCAUCUGUGGAUCAAGAUUUUAUACUAUUUAGGUAGUUAUAACAAUGACUAAACAGAAUGUGUCUGAUCCUAAAUCCGGUGCCAACUCCGCCAUGUACGGGGCGGUGGUGGCGAAGAUGCCACCGGCGCCGCCAGGAAGUUGUAUGAAUAUAUCAAGAAAGACACUAGUUGAAAUAAAUGGUGGUCCAAGAAUAAACUCUUGGGUUGAUUCAAUGAGAGCUUCUUCUCCAACUCAUCACAUGUCCACUUCUCUCUAUGAAGACAAGACUUCUUGGAUGGUGCACCAUCCAUCAGCAGUGAACAUGUUUGAGGAUAUAAUAAGUGCUUCUAAAGGAAAGCAAAUUGUGAUGUUUUUAGACUAUGAUGGCACUCUUUCUCCUAUUGUUGAUGACCCCGAUCAAGCUUUCAUGUCUGAUGUUAUGAGAGGAACAGUAAGAAAGCUUGCUAGAUAUUUUCCUACUGCUAUAGUUAGUGGGAGGUGCAGAGAUAAGGUAUACAGUUUUGUGCAAUUGGCAGAGUUGUACUAUGCUGGAAGCCAUGGAAUGGAUAUAGAAGGACCUUCAAAAGGUUCAAAAUAUAAGAAGGGAGCUCAAGCAGUUCUUUUCCAACCAGCAAGUGAAUUUCUCCCAAUGAUUGAUGAGGUUUACAAAGAACUGUUGGAUAAAACAAAGUCUACUGAAGGUGUUAGAUUGGAGAAUAACAAGUUUUGUGUCUCUGUGCAUUUUCGCUGCGUUGAUGAAAUGAAAUGGGGUGAACUAGCACAAGAAGUAAUGUCAGUGCUGAAAGAAUAUCCAAAGCUUAAAUUAUCCCAAGGGAGAAAAGUAUUAGAGAUCCGUCCUAUUAUUAAAUGGGACAAAGGAAAAGCUCUUGAAUUUUUGCUUGAAUCACUUGGUUAUGCUAAUUGUACUGAUGUAUUUCCUAUUUAUAUUGGUGAUGACCGAACCGAUGAAGAUGCUUUCAAGGUACUUAGAGAAAGAGGCCAAGGUUUUGGCAUUCUUGUCUCCAAAACUCCAAAAGAAACACAUGCAUCUUAUUCUUUACGAGAACCAUCUGAGGUUAUGAAAUUUCUACGACGCCUGGUAGAGUGGAAAAGGUUGUCUUUAUGGAGACAGUCUAUAAAAGCAUCUCUAAAGAACUGAGAAUCUCCAAGUAGUUCAUAUAAUAGGCCUUUUGUUGUUUAUAAAUAACUAUAAAGGUUAGAAGAAAAAAUAGAUGGAAUGGAAAAGAGGUUUGUCUUUUCUCGUUAGCUCUAAGGUGUUGUACGUCUCUGUAACUAGUUCUGCCCAAGGAGAGAAUUGUAACUUCCUUAUCUAGGCUAAAUGAAUAUAUUGGAAGUUC